GUCACCCUCAGUCUAAGCUUGUGAUGGAUGAGAAGCUUCAAUCCAAUAUCAAGAUCACUGACAAUGAAGAAAUAAAUAACAACCCAAUUGAGGAAGUGAGGCUGACAGUGUCAAUAACUGAUGAUCCCUCACAACCAGCAUUGACAUUUAGGACAUGGGUCUUAGGCCUCUUCUCAUGUGUCCUCCUUGCCUUUGUCAACAUGUUCUUCGGUUACCGCCAGAACCAGCUUUGGGUGUCCUCGGUCUCAGCUCAGAUUGUUGUCCUCCCUAUAGGGAAGCUCAUGGCCGCCACGCUCCCGACCAAGCCCGUCAAAGUCCCCCUCACCGGCUGGUCCUUUUCAAUGAACCCGGGGCCUUUCAAUCUCAAAGAGCAUGUGUUGAUCACCAUCUUUGCCAAUUCAGGUGCGGGCGGUGUUUACGCGGUGAACAUUAUCACAAUUGUCAAGGCUUUCUACCACAGGAGCCUCCACCCUGUUGCAGCCUUUCUCUUGGCACAAACCACUCAGAUGCUUGGCUAUGGAUGGGCUGGAUUAUUCAGAACGUACCUUGUUGACUCUCCUUACAUGUGGUGGCCCGCAAAUUUGGUCCAGGUCUCUCUAUUCAGGGCAUUGCAUGAGAAGGAAAAGAGACCAAAGGGAGGACACACCAGGCUGCAAUUCUUCGUCUUGGUGUUCAUCUGCAGCUUCGCUUACUACAUCGUUCCGGGCUAUUUCUUCCCAUCGAUAAGUGUGAUCUCGGUCGUUUGCUUGAUAUGGAAGGACUCCAUCACCGCACAGCAGCUCGGUUCGGGUCUCAAAGGCCUUGGACUUGGCUCAUUUGGUAUUGACUGGUCUACCAUUGCUGGUUUCCUUGGCAGCCCUCUGGCUACCCCUGGUUUCGCCAUCAUUAACAUACUGGUCGGCUUCGUGUUUUUUCUUUAUAUCGUUACCCCCAUAUUUUAUUGGACUAAUGCUUAUGAAGCCAGGAAGUUUCCACUCAUCUCUUCUCACACCUUCGACUCGACGGGCAAAUCCUACAACCUUUCUCGAGUCCUCGAUGAAAAGACAUUCACCCUUGAUCAAGAGGGUUACAAUAGUUACAGCAAACUCUAUCUUAGUAUCUUGUUCGCCUUGAAUUAUGGCUUGAGCUUUGCGACAUUAACCGCUACCAUAUCUCAUGUCGUGCUCUUCCACGGAAAAUCAAUAUGGAAGUUGUGGAAGAAGACGACAAGCACGGUGAAAGGGGAGGCGGAUAUCCACACGAGGCUAAUGAAGAAGAACUAUGAUGUGGUGCCUCAAUGGUGGUUCCACACCAUUUUGAUUUUAACGGUGGGUCUCUCAAUCGCUGCCUGUGAAGGUUUCGACAAGCAGCUCCAACUCCCAUGGUGGGGAAUCCUAAUGGCUUGUGGGAUUGCUCUUUUCUUCACCUUACCAAUUGGCAUUAUCCAAGCCACAACAAACACGCAACCAGGAUUGAAUGUGAUCACAGAGUUAAUUAUCGGUUAUAUUUACCCUGGAAAGCCUCUUGCUAAUGUGGCUUUCAAGACCUAUGGCUAUAUCAGCAUGUCACAAGCUCUUGGAUUCCUUGGUGACUUCAAAUUGGGUCAUUACAUGAAAAUCCCUCCCAAAUCCAUGUUUCUUGUGCAGUUAGUCGGGACCGUAGUUGCUUCGAGUGUCUAUUUUGGAACGGCAUGGUGGCUUCUCUCCACCGUGCCAAACAUUUGCGACAUGUCAUUGCUGCCCGAGGGAAGUCCAUGGACAUGCCCCGGGGACGAUGUCUUCUACAACGCUUCGAUCAUAUGGGGAGUGGUGGGACCUGCAAGGAUGUUCACCAAACAAGGCAUCUACCCCGAGAUGAAUUGGUUCUUCAUCAUAGGCCUUCUCGCUCCCGUCCCAGUUUGGCUGCUGUCGCACAAAUACCCGAACAAGAAGUGGAUUAAAUACAUCAACAUGCCGAUCAUCUUUGCAGCCACGGGAGGCAUGCCGCCAGCAAGAUCAGUGAACUACAUUACAUGGGGAGCUGUUGGGAUUUACUUCAACUUCUAUGUUUAUAGAAAGUAUAAGGGUUGGUGGGCAAAGCACAACUACAUUCUAUCAGCUGCUCUUGAUGCUGGAGUUGCUUUCUUGGCUAUUCUCCUUUACUUUGCUCUUCAGUCUAAGGAUAUUUGGGGCCCAAAUUGGUGGGGCCUACAAAAUGGUGACCAUUGCCCAUUGGCCAGUUGCCCUACAGCUCCUGGUGUGGUGGCCAAAGGAUGUCCAGUUCUAUGAGAAAUUUAACUUUGCUUUAUAUUUUUUAACCUUUUCUGCUAUUUUUAAUACAUUAAUUAGGCUUUUGGAAUUAAUUAGACAUUAAGCUUGUAUAUAGAUCUUUAGUUUGAUUUUAUGUUUUCAAUUUCCGGAC